CAGUAUCAUCAUCUUGUAUUCUAGAAUCUUUGUCGUAAUCGAUGGCGUCGUAUAAGCAUCAGGAAGGGAGAGCAUUAAAAAGACCGAGAUUAGGACCACCAGAUGUUUAUCCACAAGAUCCAAAGCAGAAAGAAGAUGAAUUAACAACAAGUAAUGUGAAGCAGGGCUUCACUAACCAACCCAGCUUCUCUGAUGAGACAGGUACUGCCAGGAACAGUCACAUUAAUCAUUCAAAGUUUGGCACCUAUUUCAGUGGUAUAGUUGCUGAAAAGCAGAAGCUAAAUACCCUCCAAGAUGGUGGAAGAAGGAAAGUGUUGGUAUCAAGAGAAAACUUUUGGAACGUUACUCAGAGGAACACAAGCAAUAUGCAUACAUGGUUUGUUGACCUAGCAGGAACACGACCUCUUCACAUACUUGCUAAAAAGGUACCGUUAUUUCAUCGCAAAGAAGAAAUAUUUCGCAUGCUGGCAGACCACCAGGUACCGAUGAUACGUGCCACCUGGCUUCUGAAGAUGACGCAUGCAUCAACACAGGCGAUCUCGGAUUCCAAGGUCAGACAGAAACGAGCCCAAAAUGACCCUUCAAUUGAAUGGUGCCAAGUAAUAACAAGAUUUCUGAAGGAACUUUUGAGUAAAAUGGCUGAUCCGCAUCAGACUCCCAGUGGGCCUAGUCCAGUCUCAACCCUUCAGACACCGUCAAUCACUGAUAGCGAAACUGCUCAAAAGAUGUGGGACUACAUGACAACACUAGCAAGGUACUUGUAUGAGGAAUGUAUGCUCGAUUGUCAUGAGUACUUGUCCUGGCUUGUGGAGACUAUUGAGAAGGUGAACAAUAAAGAUGACAACAUUCUACGUCUUGUCCUGCCGAUAGUGAUGCAGGUAAGUCAUCUUCAUUGCAGGCAAAAGAUAAUCCAAGCAAAUGCACUUUCGCCGAGCUCUCUGUCAGUCAUUUUCUCCGAGUUUACCAACUGUGCACAGCAUCGUCCAAUCGUGCUCUUUCUCAGUAGCAUUGUACAGACCAUCACGUUACGUUGUCCAAGCGCCCUUGUGUGGAUCAAUGUUGGGGAGGGCAAGAACAGCAAUAUACCUGGCUCACCAUUGGAUUUACUUCCUUGUGCUCCAUCAAGCUUACCCCUACCAAACCCAGUCAGCAUACAGGCACAACAAAUAAAGAUGGGCCUUCGCAACUCUGAACUUCAAAUUCGGGCAAGGAGCCAUGCUGCAGAAUUAAGAUGGUCCACAGACAAAUACCAGGAAUCAACAGCUGGUUUUACUAUCAACAGAGUGUUGAACACGUUAGAAAUUCUAGACCGACAUUACUUUGAUCGCUGCGAUUCUAACAACAGUCUAGACUCGCUCUACCACAAAAUCUUUUCCUCCUGUCAAAGUAAAGAUGGCAGUGAUGUAAUCAUCAAUGAUAAUCCACUUGUUCAGCUACUUUGUGAAUGGGCAGUCUGCCCACAACGAACUGGAGAACAUCGAGCACUCAUAGUUGCCGAACUCCUUGAAAAACGACAGAUCGAAUUGGAAAAUGGGGAGCCUGACUUUAACCAUGUUAGGGUUAGGUUAUGUCUUUUGUUAUUGCUUGGAAAUGAAGAGAGCAAGAAAUCCUUUGCAAACCUUGUGUUGCUCUUCAGUGAAUUAAUCACGUAUGAUAUUUUUUCCCACGACAAGUACAUGUGCCGAUUAAUCGCCCGUGGGGAUCUUGCAACAAAUUCACUUCCCUCUAUCGUCAUGGAGAUGAACAUAGAGGAUGAGGAAAAACAUCAAAAUGCAGAGAAAAAGGAAAAAAUUGUUCAAAUCAAGAAGGAAGUAGAAGAUGAUGACUUUGAAGAUUAUGGAGAAGGUAGUGCUCAGGAACGAGCUCGCAAGCAGUCCACUUCCUUUCAAGAGAUCUUCCAAGAGGCAAUCUACUCAAACAAACUAAAAACUGAGCCAGAUACCUCUGAAGAAACAGGUAGUCUUUCGCAACCAAUCUCAUCAAAUCUUCCUCGACACUUGCAAUACGCAAUGCACUUUCCAAUACCGCAUGACGAGAUGGCCCAGCAUGACAGCAACCAGAGAAUGGUUUUGUUGUACGGAUUUGGAAAAGAGCGUGAUGAUGUCAGAAAGCAAGUCAAAAAAGUGCAGAAAGAGCUGAUGCGUAUUAUUGCGAACAAGAAAGAUCCUGAAAAGAUGGAGUGCAAGAUAAAGCGUACGAAAUAUGAGAACAUCAUAUUGCCUUCACUCCUGUUUACAAAGUUCUCGCAACUGUCGUUUUUUGACCAACAUAUGCUGACACAGGCAUGUACGUUGACAAUUACUGAACAGCUAGCAAACGUCAAUCAAGGCAUUGGCUCAACACUGCCCUCUAUUGAACAUAUCAGCUUUAUAUUUGAUUUAAUGGAAAGUGCAUUGAAUAUUCAUGGUCUCCUAGAAUUUGCUAUCCAGCUGCUGAAUGAAGUGUACAACUUUGAAGGGGACCCCUCAUGGACAUCUGUUAUUGGUGGAUCUGGCAAAUACUCAAUAGAUCUUUGCUUCUGCAUUACUGCUGUCUUGCGUCGUUACCAUAAAUCACUGUUGGCGCUUCAGGAUCAAAUUAUUAAUGUUUUUGAAGUAUUAUAUGGUGUCAUCAGGCAGGGAACUAAUAUAUCGGAGUGUUCAUCAGCUGAGCGUUGCAUUCUUGCAUACCUCUAUGAUCUGUAUACCUCAUGUACACACAUCAAGGUCAGGUUUUCUGACGUUUUUUCAAGUAUGAAUUCAAAAAUCAAGCAGACUCUUUUCGGCAGUCUAACACCUUCAGAGGCUAACCAUCAUUGGAACAUGGGCUACCUAUCUGAGUUACUAGUGGACCCAAGAAAGAAGCGGCAGUUGUUUCGUGCUGAACUUGGAGUGGAACUUAACGAAAAUUCAGUAAAUCGCUUCAGCUUCGUCUGCAAUGUCUUGUUGGCAAUCUGUCGAAGUCAGGAUGCAGACAGCUUUAACAUCAACAUAGGGUACCACAGUCGUGUCGUCACGACGCCAGCUGGCGCACUCUGUUGUCAACAGACAUCGGUCACCGUUCAAUACGCCUGA